ACGAAAAGUUGCUAGUAUGUCGAUGUUUGUGCUCAAAGACGGCUGUAGCAGUCUUUAUUCGAAUCUGAUGUUCUGCAGCUUAUUUUAGGUAGGCGAUGAAACCACCGCCGACAAAGAAAGCAAGGCCUGCUGUGCAUACAGCCGACAGUGUCCGGCAAAUCGUUGCUCAGGCGAUGCUUAGCGAUGACGCUGCAUGUGCAACAUUGCUCGAGAGUGUCGUAGGCUUCGAGAAGGAAAUUCUUGAUGGACUCAUCGUGGUCCUGAAGACCUUCAGCGCAUCAAAGGUCACUUUAAAUGACCCCAUCACCAAGGUUCUACGAAAGUAUUUUGCUUUGAUUGGUGUUGAGACUGCUACGGAGCGUUACAAGCAGUUUCAUGAUUGCAUUUUGAACAACCUCGGCACUGAAUAUGUCAGUAAUUUUGUCUCCAUGAUUUGCUGUCUCUUACGCUUCUGCAACAUCUUGAGAUACGAUAAACUACGUCAAGAAGUUGUCUCGAGUUUUCCCACGGUUAUAAGGAUGCUUUGGAAAAACAAUUCGCGAGGCGAAGCUUGCAGUAGCGCUAGGUUAUUUGUCGAAUUGUUGCUGUGUAUGGAAUGCUAUCACGGGCAAGAGUACUGUUCAGAUAUAUGGUUUGAACGAGUUCUUACAAAGGAGAUGGAGCGUUUUCCAUUCUUUGCUGCUGUAUCCGCCAUUAUGAGUUCUCGAGAAAGGAACGAAGAGAUAGUCUCUCUUUCAUCUCUUCAGGAGCUAAAUGAUGGCCACGAACAUGUGUCUCUCCGCUUACAGAUGAAUGAUCUCCUUCUUUCACAUCUCUCCUCUUUCUGUUCCCGAUGUUCAGUGGAACAAAUGCGGACUUUUGUGGAAUUCUUGCUGCGACAUAGCCUUGCAGAAAACAGUCUUGCAAAAGUCAUGGAAAAGUUGAGGGACUCAUCAAAAGCAAUAACAAAUAAUGUUAUGGAUCUUUUGAUAGCCGACACUAUUAUAAACCUAUCUGUUGAGCAGAUAUCAGCUAUGAACAAAGAAUUCGAUCCAUCUAUCUUUUCUUCUCUUGAUACCAGCUGCAAUAUACACACUUUGGAGCAGCAACAGACAAGUCAUUCUGAUGAAAUUUCGAAAAAAUUUGGCGCUUGUCUCUCUAGAAUCUUGAAAAUGAAACCGCCUUCGAGGAAGGAAGUUACCGAAAUCCUGGAUUCUUUGGUGUCAGCAUAUUGCAGUCUUCCAUUACACCUCGCUCCUCCACACUUCAUGCCCAAGUACCUCAUUUUCUCAAUAUUAUUUUCGAAUAUAUUUCAAUCUAUUGGCAACAAAAUAUUCGCAUCUUGCCUUGGCGUCAUCGAAAAACUGACAAGAGGCAUCCGAAUCUUACCACUGAAGACCGCUCUGUUACGCAAACUGUGCGACAGCUGGCUAGUUUUCGUCGAGGAAUCGUCUGUUUCUGGAUUUUGUAGAGAUAUUGCAAACGCUCUGAGUGGAAUUUUCGCACUCAGUAGAUCUGAUACAGCGUCAAAAUUAUGCCCAGCGUUAGAUAUUUUGGAAAAUUUCAAUCAAGAGACCUGUUCUAGGAGUAAAACUGUCAGUCUAUACAUUUUAUUCGCGUCCACUGAUUGGGAGAAACUGGCAGAAGAUAAGAAGGAAAACGCUGCGGUAUUGGAAAAGAUUCGUUCACAUUAUGCCAGUAUGCUAUCGAGUGUGAAUUGGAAGGACUCUGAAUCAAUGCAGUGCUGUUCAGAGCAGUGUUCUCUAAUAUUAUCGUGUUGGGAUAGUGUUCCGCGAAGUGUUCGACCUGUACUAAUGAAGUCUCUCAUAAAUAGAAAGGACGUGAAAAUAUUGAGAAAGUUGACUACUCGCAUAAUUGAGGGCAAGGUCGAAGCAGGAAAAAUCCUCAUGAAAGAGGCAUUCGACUUCCAUCUCAAGUAUAUCCCGCUAUUGUCUGAAGGGCAGCAUUCCUUGGAUGAUGUGCUGGAUUAUAAUUCGUUGGUGAUAAUGUUGCGGGCUGGGAUUUCUGUCGAUGUAGCCUUAACACAAAUGUCAACUGAAAAGGUGAAAGAUAUACUAUCGUUGUGUUUAUCCAAUGAGAAGGUCGCUGAUGAGAUGUUGAACCUGGUUGAGCUGUUGAUCUCCUCGAAAUUGAAAGAUGUCGAAGAUGAACUAUUAGUGUCCCUCUCUGUCAUAUAUGAGAAAUGCGCCGGAGAAUAUCAUGCAAAGCUGUUGUCAGCUGCUGCUCAGGCCUUGGAGAUGUAUGGACACACUGAAAAGGAAAGAGAUGUCGUUAGUCUUUGCUUCAGCAUGCUGUCUGUUUUGAAAAUCAUUGGUUCCAAUUUUGAUCGCAUUCGAAGUGUUCAAAGAGUGUUGGACAGUGCAAUGCGCUACGCCCAUCCGUCAGUUAACAAUGACCAGUGCAGCGUUUUUGCGCAACUGUUCAUAAAAGUAUUCAAAGCUGUGCAAGAAUUCAUCACUAGUGGUAUUGGCAAAGCAGAAGAAGUAGACGAACUUGUUCAUGGGCUCAAUAGUAUAGCCCAUGCUCUUACUCUUCAUAAGAUAUAUUACACCAGGAUUGUUGGUACAAUUAUAUCAGCCGUCAUCUGUCAAGUGAAUGAGUUGGAAUUCGUUAUGUACAAGUUACAUUCUAUUAGCGACAAACACAACGCAUCAAUGCUUGCUACUAAUCUUCCUCCUUCUGAACGACUACAAUACAAGAGACUAUUCUCGACACUGAAAAGGUCGAAAAAGCUUGUAACGUAAUUUGAUCUCGAACUUCUCUAGUGAUAUGCUUCGUAUAAUUCAGAUGAACUCAUUAGUUGUUGGUUUUGUGAAUCAU